AUGAGCAUCGAAUUACAAACUCAACCGGGCUCUACUGAAAGUAAUCCAGAAGCUACCCUUGAAAAAUUAGAAGAUUUGGUGGAAAAGGAACAACAAAACGAAAUAGAUGAUGACGGGAAACCUGAAUAUGAUGAUGAUGGUUAUGAAAUUCCGACGGGGAAAAUCCCUUUAGAUGGUCAUUUCACUACUGAUGAAAUUAAAAAUUUGAUAAAAGUGGCGCAAAAGGAAGGUAUUUUGAAAGAUGAUGUUCAUGUAGAUGUACUUCUGAGCAAUAGUACUUUUGGAGAUAGAGUUAUUGUUGAGGAGAAAGAAGAUCCCGAGGAGAAGAUCCACAAGAAAGAGACUAAGCAAGAGACAAAGGAUGAAAACGAGUAA